CCCGCCGCCUGCCUGAGGUGCUGACAAGUUUUAGUACCAUUUGGACUCCAUUUCUUUCCUAACAUGGAUGUGGUUCAGUCAGCCUCCACAGAAAUCCUCAUUGCUGAAGAAUCCUUCAAGCAAAUGUCCAGUGUCCUUCUGCACAGCCUAGUGGAGGAACCUACAAAAAGACAUGCUGUCCCCCAUCACCUGCUGGAAUCAAAAAUUUAUUCAGACCUUCAGAGGAGCAAGGUCAUACAGGCUGAGCCUGCUGUGUUACACUACGGAGGGUAUGAAGUUGGAAAACAUCACCAGCAGACACUGAAGCUGAGAAAUAUUUCUGGCGAUGUCGUAAACCCUCACAUAAUACCACCCCAGACAAGGUAUUUUCAGAUCAAAUACAACAAAACACACCGGCUUGUCCCUGGCUUGGCCUAUGUGGUUACUGUUGAUUUUUGUCCUGAUGAGUGGCGGUAUUACUAUGACUGCAUCCGAAUUCACUGCCAGGGAGAGGAUACAUCAAUCGUUCCUGUGCAUGCUUACCCUGUUGUGAAUGUUGUAGAAUUUCCAUCCUUUAUAAAUCUGUCUGAUGUAUCAGUUGGUAAGAGUAAGGAGUAUGUUAUCCCAUUGCAGUGCAGCUGUCCAAUAGAUUUUGAGUUCCACAUUGAUUUUAUUCAGCCUCACAGAGCCUUCACUGUCCAGCCAACAUCUGGAAUCAUCCCAGGCAAUGGGAAAGUGGAGUUAACUGUGAAAUAUUCCCCCCUUGAGUAUGGAACAGCACAAAUGACAAUGCAGUUACGGAUUUCAGAGUUUCACUCAAAACCCUAUGUAUGUGUAUUCACAGGAACAUCAAUGCCACAUCUGGGUCUAAUAAAACAACAUUUUGACAAACAAGGAAGUCGUACAGAGAGAAGAGCUUUGUCUGCAGGAAAAUCCAUGGUGUGGAGACGAAACCAACCACGACUGAGGCCUAUUCAAAAAGUAAAGGAAAUAGAAUACCAGAACCUCAUAUUCCCCACAGACUUGUCAAAUCCAUAUGCUGUAGCCACUGUUUUGAAUCAGAAACCAGGCAAAUUGAGGAGGAAGGACUUAAAAAAAGCCCUUUGCCAAGGCAUUGAAGGAAUACAAACCAGACAGAUGAAGGAAGCUAUAUUUCAACAAAAAGUCAAGCAAAAUAUUCAGGAAGAGGAAGCAAAUCAAUUGAAGUGGCAAGUUCAUAAAGGCAAAGAUCCAGUCUCUAUGGAAUUUAAAAAAGAGAUUAUUGAAAACCGACAGAGGGAAGAAGAGCAAAAUAAGAUCCAAAGAGGAGAUCCUGUCAUAGAUCAGGAGUUUCAAAGGAAUGAAACACAAGUUUUUUCCAUACGUGUUAUCCGGCCUGUGGACCAGUAUCCAAGUGUCCAGCCCACGUUUGACCUGCUCAGGAAUGACCCUUGGGACCACAGAAACAGGAUGUUAAGGAAAUUUCAAAAAGUAGCAUACAAGAUUACAAAUCAGAUUCGGCUAAAGAAUUUACUGCUUCUAUUCCGUGGGCAAACCAAAGAAGCCAGAGGUCUGAAGGAAAGCUCUGUGUCUGAAGGUGGGAGAUUCAGCAAACCAGAGAAGAGUGAAGAAACUCAGGGCUUUCCUUCUCUCAGCACUGAAGAUUGUGUGUUGCCUUCUAAAGUUCCCUUUUCCAGUUCUCGACGUGAUUUGGCACCUGAUGCUCCUGGCUUAGUUCCUAUCAAAUCUAUAGAUGGGAAAGUCAGACACAUUCUUCCUUUUUAUGACUUGAAAGAGUUGGUUGGAGCAGUUGCUUCUCCUGAAGAGCAGUUUAGCCAGAUCUCCCAGAGAACGGAUUUUCACAAACCAUCACCAGAAGAAGAAGCAGAAAGGGACAGGAGCCUCUUAAAACUGGUUCCUCCUCAAGCUUUAGUCUACCCUAUGGAGAGCAACCCACUUCGUAUUUUUAACCCCACUCCAGGAUUAAUUCCAGUUUUACCUCCUUUGGCCUAUUCUGAAACAAAUAUUGAAUAUCAUCUUUGUCCUCAUCCAAAAUAUACCUUUACCAAGGAAUGCCCCAAAGGAUCCAGUAUUCCAGUCACACAAAAGAAAUUUCUGCAUCACAAGGAAGUGAUUUGUGGAGUAAUGGAAUGGAGAAGAUUCUUACCUGUGCUGUAUUCCACUUUUUCUAACACUCCCUCAUUGACAACUUCAACACCUAGGGAUCCUUACAGUUUAGAUAUGCUUCCAAGAGAUGUGCCACCAAUGCUGGAUGACUUACCUGAGAGAGACAGGGAGAACAUAAUUGACCAUGAGACAGGUGAAACUGAAUUCAAAAUCACUCUUACUCCGGAGAUGGUGAAAGCUGAAUUUCCACAAGUUGGGCAGGCAUUCUCAGAAGAAGGCAAAGAGCAAUCAGAAAAAGAAGAAAAAGAUCUGCACGACCAUCCAGAGGAACAGAUUCAGCCUCAAACCAACGAGCUCAGAGAGAAGGUUCAAAAACAUGUGGAGAACUUGAAACUGACAGCACUUAAUAAAACCCUUAUUCUGGGAUAA